UUUCCUUGCCCAGCCCUGCCUGUCCCCGGUUCAGUGAGUGCUGAGGAGCCCCAGCAGGUGGGGCUGAAGCGCUGCGGAGUGAGGCGCUUCCAGCGCAGGGAGAACCUCGGCUCGGGGCAAUGUCGGGGAGUUUGGGCACCCGCUGAACUCCUGCUGUCUGCUGAACUUUCCAGAAGAGGAGGCCCUGAUGCAGGAGGAGCCAGGAGGCAGAGAAGAGGCAGCACAAGUUGAGGAUUUGGAGCAGCUGGUGCCCGUGGGGGGUGUGUACCACAUCUCUGCCCUGCAGCUGCCACCCCAGGCCCAGGACGUCGGGGACUGGACCAUGGUGGAGCUGCUGGAUGUUGGAUUAGAGGUGUUUCCAUAUUCCCCAGGACAGGCUGAAGAUGGCACACAGGAAGCAGUACAGAUAACCCUGGAGCUCCCUGAUAAUGUGAUUUAUUUUAAAGUGCCUGUAGUAGCCCGAUGGGAUCCUGCAGGCCAGUGGUGGAGAACUGAUGGCAUCAGCAAGAUAACCUAUGAAGCAGAAGAAAAGAGCAUCACCUUUAAUAUGGGUGACUUUCAUACAGUAGCCCUUCUCCAGGAUGCUCACCUGAACCUGCCCUAUCAGGCCUGGGAAUUGCACCCUACUGGUGUGGAUGAAGGACUCUUCACAGUUACUGCAGUCUUUGCAACCAUUCAGAUACAAAUUAAGGCUGCCCUGGCAGAAGUGAAGGCCUAUGAACAGAUGGCUCUGCUUGCAGCUGCUUUUGCUCACAGCAAGUGGAAUGGAGAAGCAGGGCCAGAGCAAGUUGUGUUCAAGGUGAGUGAACAUCUCACUGCAGGUUCUGCCAAAGGCAACCACUGCUAUCUUUUGAUGUUCAAUGGUGAGAAAGUGCAACAGCUCCAGCUCACUGAAACCAGGGAAGCUUUUUCAGAAAAGCUGGAAGACGAGUCUGAAUUUCACUCCACACUCUACCAUAUGCUCAAGGAUUCUGCCAGCAACAAAGCCAUGGAUAAAGUGGAAAGAGCUGGCUUCCUGUCAUUGCUUCUGUGUAUCAGCAGCUCCUUGCUACCAGAGUCUUAGCAUACUCUUAGAUACUGCAUGCUUUCCUUCAAAACUUUAUUAUCAAAAGCUUUCAGUAAAAUUACAUUUCAAGUCUUAAAUCCUUUUCUAGUCAAAACAUUGAAACAGGUUCAAAAAUGCAAACAUUUUAUCUUUGUUCAAGCAAAAUAAAUUCUUUAUUCAAUUGUG